AUGGAUUACUCCUCCAAAGAGGUGGCUGUCGAGUUCCCUUCCUUCCGACUCUACAAAGACGGCACAGUUGACCGCUUCGACGGAGACAUAACCGUUCUCCCCUCCCCUUACACCGAAAACGGAGUACGAUCCAAGGACAUCGUCAUCUCACCAGCUUCCGGACUCUCCGCCAGGCUUUUCCUCCCAAAAAUAUCUGAUCCAACCCAAAAGCUACCUCUCCUACUAUACUACCACGGCGGUGCAUUCGUUAUUGGAUCGCCAUUCUCUCCCAUAUUCAGCGCCUUCGUCGCUUCUGUAGCCGCCGAAGCAAACGUCAUCGCUUUGUCAGUGAACUACCGAAGGGCUCCAGAGAAUCCCCUACCAGCCGCUUUCGAGGACGCAUGGGAAGCGAUUGAGUGGGUCGCGGCCCAUUACCGUGGACAUGGGUCGGAAGAGUGGAUCAACCAAUACGCCGAUCUCGAGAGGGUUUUCGUGGGCGGAGAUAGUGCGGGUGGGACUUUAGCCAAUAAUAUUGUACUUCGAGCCGCCGUUGAUGGUCCGAGAACCGUGGGACUGAUCCUGUAUUUCCCGUUUUUCGAUGGUGAUGAAGAACGGAACGAGUUGCUGGACUACAUUUUCCCAUCUUAUAGUGGACCUGGUGACCUGCUGGUGAACCCGCUAUCUGACCCGAAUCUGGCGAAACUGGGAUGCAGCAAGGUGGUGGUUUUUGUUGCUGAGAAUGAUAGUUUGAAGGCCAGAGGCUGGGCUUACUACGAGGCGUUGAAAAAAAGUGGGUGGAGUGGAUUGGUGGAGAUUAUGGAGAUUGAAGGGGAGGGCCAUGAUUUUCACUUGAUAAAACCAGAAAGAGCACUACCGACGAGUAGAGCAAGGGCGAAGGAUGAAAUUGUGGCGGUGGACUACUACACCAAGUGGGUGGAAGCAAGACCACUAGUUCACAUAACCGUCAAGCAAGUAGCCUCCUUCGUCAACAAGUUUAUUAUUUGCCGGUUUGGAGUUCCUUAUAAAAUCAUCACUGAUAACGAUAUUCAGUUCAGAGACUUACUAGGAGCAUAUUGUGAGGAAAGGGAAAUAAACUCUCACAGGGUCCAGACAUUCGAGGAAGUAAGGAAUGAGGAGGCAUUGGUGGAGAGCUUGUACUCGGUGGAGGAAAAAGGGAGAAAGCUCAGAUGA